UCAGUCUCAGCGCAGUCAGAGGUGGCUGGUUUCAGGCAUCUGAUUCCUGUUUCUCACUCCAGAAACUGCAGCAACAGCUUCAGAAGUGACACACAGGCAUUGUCCACACGGACAUGACAGGGUCAGAGCUGAGGGUCGUUCUGCUGGGAAAGACAGGAUCUGGCAAGAGCAGCUCAGGAAACACCAUCCUGGGAAGAGACGAGUUCAAAGCAGAAUGUUCGUCCAGGUCUGUAACACAGUGGUGUCAGACAGGAACCAGUUACAUCGGUGGCAGACGUGUCACUGUGGUCGACACACCAGGGUUUUUUGACACAAAUCAACCUGAAGAAGAUCUGCGACGUGAGAUAGUGAGGUGUGUCACUGAGUGUGCCCCAGGACCCCACGCCUUCCUCGUUGUGUUAGAGGUGCGAACAUAUACCCCUGAGGAGAGAGAGGCAGUGGAGAGGGUUCAGAUGCAGUUUGGAGAGGAAGCUCUGAAGUUCACCAUGGUCCUCUUCACUCAUGGAGAGAAGCUCAAACACAAGAGCAUUGAGCAGUUUGUGCAGGAGAACGAGCAGCUGAAGGGGUUUGUCCAGAAAUGUGGAGGCGGGUGUCACGUUUUCAACAACGAGAACAGGAGAGAUGAGAAUCAGGUAACAGAGCUGGUGAAGAAGAUCGAGGACAUGGUGUGGAAGAACAGAGGAGGUCACUACACCAACGAGAUGCUAAAAGCAGCACAAGCCGCCAUUGAGAAAGAGGAGGAGUGCCUUCGACAGGAGAGCCCAGACCUAGACCCCUCUUCAAUCAGAAAGCUGGCCAAAGAAAGAGUUGCAAAGAAAAUGUUAAAUAUUCUAGCAGGAACAGCGACAGGAGCUCUACUGGGGGCUUUUCAACGGCGUGCUGACCGGCCUGGCGGGCAGGGGGGUGCGAUCCUGGUGACCGCUCCUGGGGGUUCAGGGAUCCGGCCCUUAACGAUCCCGACGACCGCGUUCCCGCGCUGCAUCGAGUCCAAGCGAGCCGUCAGCGACUCGGAGAUCCCUGCAAAACUUCAGAAAGUCACGGACGUUCGGGUCCUGGGUUCUGUCUGUGUUCAGCGUGGGAAUUCUCUUCCCCCGGGGAACGAUGAGACAGACCAAUCGUACGGAUACAGCAACAGAUUGAGGAGACGCAGGGGCGCUCCGGGCUGGGCUGCUCUGGACCGUGAGGACCGGUCAGGACUGCAGCAGGCUCAGCAGGGUGACUUCGGACGGCCGGUCGAUAGGGAGGACGGAGAAGUGGAGAGACCUUGCCCAAACAAAUGA